AUGCGAACUCAUACUGGAGAGAAGCCGUUCAAUUGCAAUCACUGUAAUUCGAGCUUCGGCCAGAAACAACAUUUGCGAGCACACAUGCGAACUCAUACUGGUGAGAGGCCGUUCAAAUGCGAUCACUGCAAUUCGAGCUUCGGGCAGAAAAAAGCCUUGCGAAUACACAUUCGAACUCAUACGGGCGAGAAGCCGUUCAAAUGCGUCCAUUAA